CCCGCACUCGGCUGGUUCAAGGGAGUCGCAGAACAAGACUUGCAACAAGUGGCUUUGAUUCAAUCUUGCAAGAACUAUGGCACUCUCUUGUUUAAAUACUUUAGGAUAAUUUUAUCCUGCUGGUAACUAACGACUCCGCUGUUUUUCCAGUCGCUGCAGGUGAGGAGGGAGUUUGUCCGAGUUCAGGGGUUUGGCUGUUUUUCCCUCUGCGCUCACAAUGUCGUACCAAGUUGGUGGCGCCCCCAGUGCCACGUUGCCGCCUGGGCACUCCCAGCCCCCCCGCCCCCCCAAAGGCCAAAGCAACGGCAGCUACGGCCUAAGCAUCCGGGUCCAGGGUAUCGACGGGCACCCCUACGUGGUCCUUAACAACCAGGACCGCCCCGCCAACCCGUACCCCCCCAGCAAUGGACACAGGGACGCCCAAGGCUCCUUCAUCGACGACUACCAGGACUACGACUUCCGCGGGCCCAGUCCGUUUGUGGAGUACCGCUCACAGAAGCAGGUUGUAGCGCCCAAUGUCGGCCUGAAGGAGAACGAGGACCCCCAGACCAGGAAAAGUCCAAGUCUGCUCAACUUCCAGAGGCACCCGGAGCUGCUGAAGCCCUACGACCCAGAGAACAACACGCUGGAGGGAUUCCGUGGUCCCCCAGCAGCGCGCCCAGGGUCUCUGGCCGAGAGUGAGGUACCCCCUCAGGGGUUGGGGUCCAUCGAGGUACCCCCUCAGUCUGCCACUCACGCCAGGUCCUCCAGCCCGGAGCAGCCUCGAGCGCCCACUCUGCCCCAGCAGCAGCAGCAGCAGCAGCAGCAGCAGCAGCCAUCCAAGAUGGCCGCACAGCCCCAGGCACACCCCAGACCGUACAAGUCCAAGAGCCACACACCGGGGAAACCGCAGACCCAAGCCCAACCCGUCCAAACUCAAGCCCAACCCGUCCAAACCCAAGCCCAACCUCCAGCCCAAUCUCAGGUCAAGCCCAAACUGCAGCCUCAAACGCCGGCUCAGCCUGUGGGCUCCCUUCCGUCCACAGCCCCCUCUCCUCCCCAGAGCAAACUGCCCCCAGCCACUACCCCCACCAAACUCCCCCCUUCUCAGCGCGUUCCGGUGCCCCAGGCUGCCCCUGUCAGUGAACCCACCCCCACAGCAGUGAUGUCUCCUCCUUCGAGACGCUCCCCUAGUGUGGCGAGCAGCGCCAACUCCAGCCUGGAGCGAGGCUCUGGGUCCGGUUCUGUCUCUGCUGGGAGUUUGGGCCGGGCUCGUGAGCCGGAUGUUCUGCCACUGCGUCGUGUGGACUCCAGCGGCCCGGUUCUACAGUCAUCGUCCCGGUCCCGCCACUCAUCCACCUCCUCCACGGCAACCAGCGGCUCCGCCCCCACACGCACCCUGUCUCCAGGGCGACCGGCGCAGGACGAGCUGGAGGCGCUCUACGCGGAGUCCAUCAACCGGCACCAGAACAGGCGCUACAUCCCCUUCCUGCCCGGCACGGGCCGCGACAUCAACACUGAACCGCUGGCCGGCGUCGACAAGCUCAUCAACCAGUUUGACGGAACCGGGACCCAGCGGCGCGGACGGACGGGCAGGCGUGGCCGCAUCGACCCGGAGGACCGGAAGCGCUCGCGGAGCGUGGACAGUGCCAUGCCCUUCGGCCUGCCCGGCGGAGGAGAUUACCUGGAGGAGGUGAGCCGUAACCGGGGACGAGUGGGCGAGCACGUGCUGCGGCCAUCCCAGCUGGGGCUGAAGCGGGGGUCGGGGGGCAGCGGGGUGUCCCCCUCCCUCACGCUCCCUGCCGGAUGCAGGGCCCGCACCAGGGACCCUCCGAGGGGCCGCAGUGCGCCGGGGUCACCCGAGGGAUCUCUGCCCAGGGGAGAGGCUUCCCUGCUGGGCUUCAGCAGGCCCAGCGCCCGGCCCUCAGGGCUCCCCCAGGAAGAGAGCCAGGCACAGGUCUGGUCAAAGGUCAAAACCAGUGUGGCCACGGGGUCUCUCUCCAGACCAGCCCCUGAGACCACCAGCAAGGCCAAAGGACCAGAGUUGGAGGCAAAGGUGACCCCUGACCUCCUGAAAGGUCAGCAAGACCUCUCCCAGCAGACCCACGAUGAGACCGCCAAGCAGAUCCUCUUCAGCUACCUGAAGGCUGGAAGCGGCGAUAACGAUGACACCACCAAGAGAAAAGUCAACCUGGUGUUCGAGAAGAUCCAGACCCUCAAGUCACGGGCAGCCGGGAGUACCCAGCCCGAAAACACAGCUCCAGACCAGGCAGCCCAAACUAAGGCUCUGGAGGGGCAUAGAGUGGAGCUGGAGAAGGAGGUGUCUGACCUGAAGUCUCGACUAGAGGAGGAGGUCAAGAAGCAGAAGACUCUGCUUGAGACCCAGCGUGAGGCUGGAGAGGGACUGAAGGGGCUGCAGCAGCAGCUGGACCUCGGCCUGCAGGAGAGCAGCCAGCUCAAGGCCAAACUGGCCAAGACUGAGUCAGACCUGCGCACUACACUAGAGGAGCUGUUUCAGGUGAAGAUGGAGCGAGAGCAGUCCCAGACUGAGAUCAGGGACCUGCAGGACCAGCUGUCUGAGAUGCACGACGAGCUGGACGGGGCCAAGAGGGCCGGCGCAGAUGGGGCCGACAAGGAGGCCAUGCUUGAGGACCUGGUUCAGCUGAAGCUGGAGCUGCAGGAGGUGGUGCUGGUUAAGGAGGAGCAGGAGGAGGUGCUGAGGAGGCGCGAGCGUGAGCUGACCGCCCUGAAGGGGGCGCUGAAGGAGGAGGUGUCCACGCACGACCAGGAAGUGGACAAGCUGAGGGAGCAGUACGAGAAGGAGAUCCACAAGCUGCAGGCCAGCGUGGACGAGGCCAAACAGAGUAAUGCGGCGGCGUGCCGUGACCGUGCCGAGGUGGAUGCGGCCCGCGGGGCCGCGGAGGGCCAGGUGGGCCGGCUAUCCCAGGAGGCCGAGCGGCUGCGGCGGCGCGUGCAGGAGCUGGAGAACGAGGUGGCUAAACUCAACCGCAUCAUCGACGAGGCCAAGCUGCAGGAGAACCGGCUGGCCGAAAGACUCAGCAGAGUAGAGAAAGAGAAGAGGCUUGUGGAGGAGUCCUUAGCUGAAGUGAGAGAGGAAGAGGAGGAGAUGUCAAGGGCCAACAGAGCACUGACCACCCGUCUGGAAGAUGUACAGAGGAACCUGACUCGUCUGACUCAGGAGCAUCGUGAGCUGGAGGAGAGGCUGAGAGAGGAGCGUAGCCAGAAGGAGCAGUUCAAGAGCACCAAGAACCAGAUAGAGGAGGAGAGACGCCUGCUGGACCGCACAGUAGAGAAACUACAGAGAGAGAUGAAUGAGAUUGUGGAGGCGUCUCAGACUUCUACUCAGGAGCUGCAGGAGCAGAUUGAUGUUUAUAAGGAGAAGAACCGACGAGAACUAGCGGAUCUUCAGAGACAGCUGAGAGAGAGAACCGCAGAACUGGAACAGUCACGCCACACCGCCAAGGCCCUGCAGGAAGAGGUGACCCAUCUGGAGGGGGACUUGCGUGACUGUAAGAGUGAGCGUGACGACUCCGUACAGCAGGUGAAGGAUUUGGAGCACAAAGUGUUUGACCUGGAGGUCGAGGCAGAGACCCGCGGCCAGAAAGACGACAAGACCCGACAAAAGAAACUACUCGAUGAACGUGUUGCUCAGCUGGAGAUGGAUCUGGAUGAGGAACGGCAGAGUGGAGACCAGCUAAUGGACAGAAUAGACAGAGGGAGAGAACAGGUGGAGCAGAUGAGGAGUGAGCUCCUGCAGGAGAGAGCCAGCAGACAAGAUCUGGAAUGUGACAAGAUGGCUCUAGAGAGACAGAAUAAGGAUCUGAAGAGUCGUGUGUCCCACCUGGAGGGCUCCCAGAAGUCCACUAAGGAGGGCCUGGUGACCAAGCUGGAGUCCCGCAUUCAGGAGCUGGAGGAGAGACUGGAGGGAGAGGAGAGGGAAAGAGGCAAUCUGCAGCAGGCCAAUCGCAGGCUGGAGAGGAAGGUGAAGGAGAUGAUGAUGCAAGUGGAUGAUGAACACCACACUCUACAGGACCAGAAAGACCAGCUGAACCUGCGUCUGAAGGCCCUGAAGCGUCAGAUGGACGAGGCGGAGGAGGAGAUUGACCGCCUGGAGCACGGCAAGAAGAAGCUGCAGAGAGACCUGGACGAACAGCAGGAGGCCAACGAACAACUACAGAGCCAGCUCAAAACACUCAGGAGCGAGAUGAGGCGCAAGACUAACUCUGCCCCCCUCCUCAACGACCUGGACGAUGAUGAUGACGAAGAUGACAUCAGCACAGAUGGAGAGACCUACUUCAGCUCGUCGUCCAACUACAAGCGCUCAAGCAGCCAGGACGCCAUCAUCUCCACCUACACACUGUAGGUCAACCCCACCCCAACACCCCCCUCCAUUGUUACUGACGGAACCAGGAGAAUCAUAUCAGUUUGGUGUUUUGGGCCUCAUAGGACACCAUAUCACUGAAGCAGUACCUGUUGCCCUGUUGAAAACAAAAAUGUCUAAAUAUUCCUCCUCUGUAUUAUUAUUUUUAUUUUAUUUUUUAUGCUUUUACCGUCCUACCUGUCUUUAACCCUAGGUCUUAUAGUUACCACGGCAAUAUGGAAAUGAUUAAAUGAUGUUUUGAUUAAGUGAUUAAGUGCAUUUUGAAGACGAACCAAUCAGAAUCAUUCCUGUCGACAUGUCACUCAUUACUGCCAGGCCUUAAGUAGACGUCGACAAACAAAUUAUAUGAGACGUUAUUUAUUCUCUCAGACGCCCCUAACGACAGAAUGAAGGGCUUAUCUCGUGAAGGGAAAGAGAUGAUGAGGGAGCCUUUUGAAAACAUCACUUUUACCGUCCACAUUUUUUAUAUUAGCUUAGCUAUGAGUUAGCGCAAGAGGCUUAGAGGUCAACAUAAAGGUCAACUAUUCAUGCUGUGUCAACAGUUCUGUUGUUAAAUAUGGGUUGAUGUGAAAGAUAUGUAUAGAUAAGAAGAUACUUCGCUGGUUGAUGCUGUGCUUCUCUGACUUAUAAACUGGAUAUCACUGUUGGUGCUGCUCUGGGACGUAUCCAGUCCUGUGUAAUUCCUGUAAAUGAAUGCAUUCCUUUUUCCAUGAAGACCAAUCAUCUCAUGAACCAUAAAACUGGGGGGGUGAGAGAGAGCAAUUUUUAUUUUUAUGAGAAAUCCUUGAAGUCUUGCAAGCUUUCUCUGGGACCCGAACAGUGUUACCACGGAGCCAGAGAGUAGGAGAGUGUGGGCCGUAUCCAGGCCACAUGUGGGCCGUAUCCAGGCUAGGUGUGGGCUAUGCGGUGAAGCAUAGGGCAUGAGUGUAUGUGUGUGCAGCAGAGUGAUCGUGUUGCUUUUCUCUCAUGUGUGUAUUUAGUCUUACAGUGUGUGUGUGUUUUUGUUUGUUUUUUUGUUUGUUUGUUUUUGUUGUGUUUUGACUGCACAUGAUGCUUUUUUUGAAGCCAUGUGUACAGUUGUUAAACACACACACACACACACACACACACACACACACACGUUAGAGAGAGCACAAGAACAUGAAUGCUUCUCUUAGCUUAAUUAGUGUGGGGCGGUCUUCUGUUAUGCAAGAUUCCCAUGAUGCUGGAGCUACUGGCUCCAUGCUGUGUUGACAAUCAAAUAUUUUAUUUUUCUUUAUUGCAAACACUGUGAUGACUUAGCACUGUGUCCUGGGUCACAUCUCUCCAGUAUCCUUGGCUGCUGUUGUUGUUGCCAUAUGUGACAAAAUGUCUUUAGGUUGGAGCCCCCCCCCCAGAUCCAGCCUCUAGUGUGUGUUUUUAAGAAGAGGUGUGUGUGGGAGGGUGUGUGUGUUAAAUAAUGCUGCCUCUACCUCUCUGUAUACAUCUGUCAUGCUUAGUCUAAAAACCUGAUGAAUUAAAAAAAAAAUGCCACUUACA